AUGUCUGCGGAGAAUGAACUAGUACUUCUUCAUGAAGCAGGGCCAAAGAACUCCAUAGCGUCCCCUAACCCACCGUGCGAGGUCUCUCGACCCCCGCACAACCCCAACAUUCAGGGGCUGUGCUCGGGGUCUCUAACGCCCACACCCUUGUGUGAACCGCACGCGCCACCGCGGAUUGGUGCUGAGCCUCUGUACAAGCAGCGAUCGUGGUCGCCCGAUGCGUUCCGCGACGAGGCAUGGCUUCGACGUAAAGGGAACUGGAAGAAUAGGAGGAGCAAGAGCGUGACCGACGAGGACGUGGACGAGCUCAAGGCCUGCAUUGAACUGGGCUUCGGAUUCGGGUCAUCACGGGAAGUUGAACUGGAUCAGCGUCUUUCCGAUACCCUGCCAGCUCUUGAACUCUACUACGUUGUCAGCGAGAACUACAGGUCAACGAUGACAACGACGCCGUCUUCUGAUUCCGAUAGUCCCUCUCCCCUCGGCAGUCCCCACACCACCAUAUACGCUCGAGAGUGGGCAAUAUAUAAUAAUGAAUCUGAUAAUUGUGUAUCUGGUUGGGACUGUGACGAAGGGGAAAAUCCACAAACGGUGAAGUCAAGGUUGAAGCAGUGGGCUCAGGUGGUUGCUUGUGCGGUGCGUCAAAGUUCUUCAGGCUGAUAUAAAUGAAUAAUAAUGAAGCAGCCAAUAAUUACAUAUAUGAAUUGGCCAGACAUAAAUUAAACCUCUUUUGACAAUGAUCCUCCACCAAUCACGGGGCUGAUAUUAACUACCCAGUUGUCUAAGGCAACCUUUUAAUUAGUUGUAUGUCAACGUGGAGCUGUCGGCAGUUUCUACUUUACGAGCUUUGUCUCUGUUUGUGGGCGUCUUUCUUUCAUCACUGUGUUCCAUAUGCGUGUGGGGUUCAAGGUAGGCUUCAUUAAGGCAUAAUGGACUGUUUAUGACCCUUUUUUUCUUUUGUGUAUCACUUCUGGGCUGGCCGAUGGCUGCUUUUGAUGAGAUGAGGGUUUGCAGUUAAGUGGGAAAUAAAUGAAGAAUUCUGGAGCAAGAGCUUUUAUUCUCCAUCUGUUUCGUACCAGAAAGUGGGGACUUGACAUUAUAUUUUAGGCGCGCAGCUUUGAAAAGUUGGGCCAUUGCUACUCAAGUAGAGAAUAUAUAUUGCGACUUUGCUUCAUCACGAGUCUCUAGAAUAACACAUGUUAAUGAUGCUACAAGUAUUCUUAUAUUCUCUGCUUUUAUUUAAUAAAGUUAAAUAGAUAAAAUCA